AGCGGCUGCACCGGAAGUGAACGCGCAUGCACGAUAAACAGAAAAGUGUGUUAAAGGUCAGGAGCAGUGACCAGUGUGGCGUCCAGGAGAAACUUCAGUUUCAGCACUAAUUCUGUUUCUGUAUCAGAAUCAUCUGACCGGUGUGAAGAGCUGAUAGAGUGGACGAUGCUGCAGAACACAGGAAAGCUGUCAGGUUGUACCCUGUUCAUCACCGGGGCGAGUCGCGGCAUCGGGAAGGCCAUCGCGCUGAAAGCCGCCCGAGACGGUGCCAAUGUGGUCAUCGCUGCUAAAACUGCUGAGACGCACCCCAAACUGCCCGGUACCAUCUACACGGCCGCCGAGGAGAUUGAAGCGGCCGGAGGAAAAGCUCUGCCCUGUGUGGUGGAUGUUCGUGAUGAGAAGCAGGUCAGUGCGGCGGUGGAGAACGCCGUGCAAAAGUUCGGAGGAAUCGACAUCGUGGUGAACAACGCCAGUGCUAUUAACCUGACCGGGACGCUGGACACGCCCAUGAAGAAGGUGGACCUCAUGUUGGGCAUCAAUCUGAGAGGAACCUAUCUGACGUCGAAGCUCUGCAUCCCGCAUCUGUUAAAGAGUAAAAACCCUCACAUCCUCAACCUCAGUCCACCUCUCAACCUCAAUCCCAUCUGGUUUAAGAACCACACAGCUUACACCAUGGCCAAAUAUGGCAUGUCCAUGUGUGUCCUCGGGAUGGCUGAAGAAUUCCAUGGAUCCAUCGCUGUUAAUGCACUAUGGCCCCGUACAGCCAUUCAGACGGCGGCGAUGGACAUGCUCGGGGGGUCCGGCGUGGGGAAGCGGUGCAGGAAGGUGGACAUCAUGGCGGACGCUGCCUACGCCAUCCUCAGCAAACCCGUCAGCUACACUGGACACUUCGCCAUAGACGAGGACAUCCUCAAGAAGGAAGGCAUUAAAGACUUUGACGUGUACGCGGUGGAGCCAGGUCAUCCACUGCUCCCUGAUUUCUUCCUGGAUGAAGAUCCUGAGACACUGAAGAAGCAGAUGGAAAGUCACGCGAGUGCAGAUUCUCCCUCCGUCUCCAGCCCGAUUGCUGAAACGUUUAAUGUGAUUAAAGGAGUGCUCAGCCCCGAUGUGGUCAAAUCCACCCAGGGGGUCUACAGAUUCCAGCUGUCCGGAGAACACGCUGGAGUCUGGUACAUCGACCUGAAGAACGGUGCCGGUGGAGCGGGCAGUGGAGAACCUCCGGUUAAAGCAGAUGUGGAGAUGAGUUUGGACAGUGAUGACUUCAUCAAGAUGUUCACAGGGAAGCUGAAGCCCACCAUGGCCUUCAUGUCUGGGAAGCUGAAGAUCAAAGGCGACAUGUCUCUGGCCAUCAAAAUGGAGAAGAUGAUGGCGAUGAUGAACAAGUCCAAGCUUUAAUCCGAAACCUUCUGCCGGGUUUUAUUCCAGUCUGAGUCUGAAAUACGCUCAUCUCACUCGCUGUCACCUUUCCCGCCUUUUUUAUAGAUGGUACAGACGUUUGUGCUUUCAGUGUGUGUUCACAUUCACGUCUGAGCCUUCACACAGAGCAUUAGGAUAUUAAUUAUGGGAAAAAUAUUAAAAUAAUGUUUCUGAACGUGUCUCUGUGUUUCUCUUCGAGUGUCUCGUCGAUAUAUUAAACCUAAAAACCUGAUAAUUACAAGACAGACAUCUGGUCUGAUGUCUGGAAGCAGUUCAGACAUUUUAAUUGUGUGAUUAAACGUAUAAACUGUGUUAUAAUAACAAUUUUUUUUUAUUGUUUUGUUUCUUAACACACAUGAAGACAGCAAAGCUGAGUGUAAGAUUCUGUUCAGAUGAAGAACAAGUGAAAUAAAUCACUGAAAUUUAGCAACAUUA